AUGCAAAGUGAUUUUACUGUCACUGUGCAUGUUGCUCCUGAAGUUGUCUUGGUUGGACAAGCUGUGACAUUGUCCUGCCAUCUCAUAGGCCGGGUCCCCACUAACAUUCAAGUGCAUAUGUACAAAUUGGAAAGGAACAAAAAUACGACAUUAUAUUUUUACAAUAGCACAGAAAAAGGGACUGAGUUGGGCCGGGCUGAGGACCGGCACAGGAUCAAAGGACAAUAUGGGAAUGGAGUUGUUAGGGUGAAGCUCUUUCCAGUGAAAGUAGAAGAUAAUGGUCAGUACGUGUGUGCGGUGACAGGUGAUGGUGUCUAUCAAGAAGCUAUCGUCCAGGUGACUGUUCCAGGUUUUGGAUCAGCACCUCGCCUAACUAUAGACCAUCAGCAGAAUAAUUCAAUCACUCUGAGGUGUACGUCCCAAGGGUGGUACCCAAAACCUGAAGUACGCUGGACUGACAGCACAGGACAAAAAAUAACUGCUAUGGCUGAAACAAGAAUCCAAAAAGAUGUGAAAGAUCUGUAUCAAAUCCACAGUACACUCAGGGUAGCAGAUACUACUUCUGAUACUAUCUCAUGCACUAUAAGAAAUCCCUUGCUGAAGAGGCACCGCAAAAAAGUUAUUGCAAUUUCUGGUUUCUUUGAUGUGGAGGGAGAACAUGGCAUCAUUACUGCGGUAACUGGAGAAAAUGUCCUUCUUUCCUGCCGGCUGAUUACGAAAUAUCUGCCCCCCAGCAUGGAGCUGCAAUGGAGGAAAGUUGGACCUGGGAAGGAUAAGACAAUCUAUCUCUACCUCUAUGAUGAAAUCAGCCCCCUGGUUAAUUCUUAUCCACAGGAUGACAAAUGCUCAAUGAGUUAUUUAUCUCCAAAUGGAGUCAACAGCAGAGAAUGGCUCAGGAAGAAAUAUGAAAAAAAUGCAGAAGUUUUUAAAGGAAAGGAGUUUGGGAAAGGAAAUAUUUCUCUGAAACUGAACAAUAUUCAGGUGGAAGAUAAAGGGAAAUAUGUAUGUUCUGCCACAGCCAACUCAUUUCACAGAGAGAUCAUCACUGAAGUCUUGGUUAUAGGGGCUGCUAACAGGGAGUUUCGCAAGGGAGUUCUCCAGGUGAAGGAGGAGCAAAUCUCAGUUAAUUCUCAGGUCUUCAGAAAUGUGUCCUCUGCUGCCCAACUCAAAGAGGAAAAGGGGGCUGCUAACCGGGACUUACACAAGGGAGUUCUCCAGGUGAAGGAGGAGCAAAUACAGGACCCUUGGGAUCAACCGUGGGAUGACAAACAGGAACUCCAGGAGGAAACUGCCCAACUCAAGGAGGAAAGGGAUGCCUUAAUCUAUAUAUUGCUGUCUAAUGCUGUGACCGUCAUCUUUUUUCUUGGAAAAGGCAUAAGAGACUUGGAAAAGAAAAUAAAGGAACUCCUGGAGCAAAUGGGGGACUUGGAAAAGACAAUAAAGGAACUCCAGGAGCAAAUGGAUAAACCGUGGGAGCACAAACGUGCCUUAAUCUGUUUAUUGCUGUCUAUUGCUGUGACCGUCAUUAUAGUUCUUGAAAAAUGCAAAAGUAACUUAAUCUGUUUAUUGCUGUCCAGUGGUGUGACCGUCAUCCUACUUCUUGGAAAAAGGAAAAGUAACUUAAUCUGUUUAUUGCAGUCUAGUGGUGUGACUGUCAUCCUAGUUCUUGAAAAAUUCAAAAAUCAACUGUGGGAAGACAAAUAUCAACUGUGGGAGGACAAAUGUGCCUUAAUCUGUUUGUUGCUGUCUAGUGAUGUGACCGUCAUCCUAAUUCUUGAAAAAUUCAAAAGUAGCUUUAUCUGUUUAUUGCUGUCUAAUGGUGUGAAGGUCAUCCUAGUUCUUGAAAAAUUCAAAAAGGAACUGCAGGAGCAAACAGGAGAAUUGGAAAAGACAAUAAAGAAACCCCAGGAACAAAUAGAUGAAAUAAAGAAGGAAUUAGACUGGAGAAGGGCUCGGAACUAUUCAGAUGACAUCACUCUUCAUGGAGUCACGGCCCACCCCAACCUCUCCAUUUCUGUGGAUAAAAAGAGUUUUACACAUGAAGCCCAACCUCGAAAAGUUCCAUCAAAUCCAGAGAGGUUCGAUUCGACCGUCUGUGUGUUGGGCUCUGAAGGAUUCUCCUCUGGAAAGCACUACUGGGAGGUGGAGGUUGUGAGCAGCACUGACUGGGACCUGGGAGUGGCCAGAAAAUCAAUACAGAGAAAAGGAAAACUUUCCCUGUCCCCUAAAGAGGGAUUCUGGGCUCUGGGUUUCAGUGGGAGAGAUUACUGGGCAAAAACAGACCCAUGGACCCGGGUCAUAGUGCAGAAAAAGCCCAAGAAAAUUGGAAUUUACCUUAGUUACCAAGAGGGGCAGGUGACUUUUUUCAAUGUAACUGACAUGUCUGUGUUGUUCACAUUUAAUGAUUGUUCAUUCUCAGGAGAGUUUUAUCCAUUCUUUAAAAAUUCACACAAAGAAACAACAAUGAGAAUUUGUUCAAUUAAAGAGGAAUAUAUAUAACAUGACUCGGAUGCUGAUUUUAUACUGAUGUAACUGAAAUCAAGGUUUUCAUUAAUGUAUUUUGAUGAAAAAUCUAUGUUUUUUUAAAAAUGUACAUUGUCAUGCUGUCUUCAUUAUAUGUUUUGCA